CCCGUGCCACACCUUCAAUCAUUACUUUUUCCAUCUUCCCCCACCAGUGCACCUCUAGCCCUAGCUUCAGUCUGAAGAAGAAGUAGAAGCAGAAGAAGAAGAAGAAGAAAUCCGAUCAAUCGCCGCCGAUCAUGGCGACAAUUCACUUUCUGAUUCUUACUCUGCUACUCCUAGCUUCCAACCUCACUUUCUCGCUCCCACUCCAAGACAGCCCCAACUUCGAUUCCGAAAUCGCCCUCUUCGGCGACGCCGCGAUCGUCAAUGGCGGCUCCGCCGUGCAGCUGACUCGGCCGACCGGUUCGAGCUCUGGGCUUCUGGUCUACAAUAAACCCUUCAAGUUCAUCCAUUCGAGUAGUCCUCUCAAUCCAACAUCGUUCUCCACGGACUUCUCUUUCUCGAUCUCGCCUGAUCCCGGCGACGGCCUCGUUCUCUUAUUCGUGCCGGCCGGAUUUCCUGAUAAAUAUUCCGGGAAAACCUCUUUCGGGCUGUCCCAAGAAGUUGAUAAAUUUCUCGGGAUUGAAUUCGACACUUCGAUGGACCUCGCUGUCGGUGAUGAGAAUGCGAAUCAUGUGGGAAUCGAUGUGUGUAGCCUUGUUUCCUCUAGGGUUGGCAACGUUUCGUCUCUCAAUUUGGUCCUCAACAGUGGGCAAAAUCUCCGUUCUUGGGUCGAUUACGAUGCGAGUUCGAAGAGGCUGGAGGUUAGGUUGAGUGAAAUGAGAAAACCAAGGCCUUACAAUCCGUUUCUUGCUUUUCAGAUUGAUUUGUUAGAAAUGUGGAAAGGGGAAGAGGUUUUUGUGGGGAUAAGUUCAUCAAGUGGUAAUUCAGCUCAAACUAUUAGUGUUUAUUCAUGGAAAUUUAGGGUUAGGAAUGUCCCGAAUUCGAUGCAUUCUCAGCCAGUGGAUCCUCUGUCCUACCACGGAAAAGGCGGCGAGCAGAGGCCGGAGCAUAAGAAGGUUCCUUGUCCCCUGAAUAUGCUUUCUGGAUUGGUACUUUUAAUUGGGUGUGGAGCAUUGGUUGCGCUUAUCGUACAGUCUUUGUGGGCAAUCUUUGCCAAGAGGCAUUCUGAGGAGUACUCUUUUCGCCCGGCAGAUUUCGGCUACAAGAAGGGCGAUUCAUUUGAUUACUUUCACAGAUCAUCUUGAUCUAGUCUUUGAACAAUGAGGCUGGCACGGUUCAUUUUGUUGGGCCAGCCCAGCGUGACCUGCAGGCUCUUCCGGGGGGCUGAAACCCUGGCCUAGCACAGUCAGAGCCCAGUUUGGCCUGUUCUACAUCUUUAGAUGAGACAGUGACUGAGGCAUGAAGCAUGUCUUCCUGGUUUGUUCCAUUCCCCAAAUUCUGUGAGGGAGGUUAAAAUGUUUUGAUUUUAUCUUCAAUAUAAUUUUUAAACAUUCCAAAGACUGCAAAUAUGAUUAAUUAGGAAGAGGCUUGUAGAGGAGUCUGGAAGCGACAACUUGUAGAGUAAUUGAAUCUUCUGUAAUUCCACGAAGAGCUGUAGAUCGGCCUGUUUGUUUCUUCUCUCUGUUAAGACUGCAUCUUCCUCUGCUAGAUACUUGAUUGCAUUAUUUUGGAGUUCUAGUUUCGCAUCUAGGGG